AGCAACUGUUUGGGGUUUUGGGUUUUUUUGCCCUUUUUUUUUUUUUUGACCCCUUAGGGGACUGCAACUGUAUGUUUGGCUACUCCCUCCGUUUCUAGGUCUCAGUAAAUAAAAGUAACAGGUGCAUUUGCUCACUGGCUCACACAGGAGUGCAGCAACCUUUCAACCUUCAAGAAAGAUUCAAAGAACUGGUGAAAAACCAUUCAGUGGAGGACAAUGGAUUUCCACAACGCUAUGUCCAUGGUGAUGAAUGAUGGACACAGAAUUCCUGUGGUUGGAUUUGGGACCUAUGCACCUGACACAGUUCCAAAAAGUAGGUGUGAAGAGGGUCGCCAUAUAGAUGGUGCCUAUUUCUAUGAGAAUGAGGAGGAGCUUGGUCGAGCCAUUCGAGAGAAGAUUGCAGAUGGAACGGUCAAAAGAGAGGACAUAUUUUACACAGGGAAACUUUGGAGCACUUUUAAUGCUCCAGAGAUGGUCCAAUCAGCUCUGGAAAAGUCACUGAAGACACUGCAAUUUGACUACAUUGAUCUGUAUAUUAUUCACACACCCCUCUCUUUAAAGCCUGGAGAUGAUUUACUCCCAGUGGAUGGAAAUGGAAAAUUGAUUUUUGACAACGUAGACCUGUGUGCCACUUGGGAGGCCAUGGAGGCAUGUAAAGAUGCAGGCUUGGUGAAGUCAAUUGGGGUGUCCAACUUCAACCGCAGACAGCUGGAAAUGAUCCUGAACAAACCCGGGCUCAAGUACAAACCUGUUUGCAACCAGGUUGAAUGUCACCCUUACCUAAACCAAGGGAAAUUGCUGGAGUUCUGCAAAUCCAAAAAUAUUGUUCUGGUGGCAUUUAGUGCCUUGGGAUCUCACAGGGAGGAGAAAUGGGUAGUUCAAAGCACGCCAGUUCUGUUGGAGGAUCCAGUCCUGAACAAGCUGGCCAAAAAAUACAACCAAAGCCCAGUGCUAGUAGCCUUGCGCUACCAGCUGCAGCGUGGUGUGGUGGUUCUUGCCAAGAGCUUCACCAGAAAGCAUAUUGAAGACAACAUCAAGGUGUUUGACUUCCAUUUGACAGAGGAGGACAUGAAAGCCAUUGAUAGCCUGAACCAGAACCUUCGCUAUGACCUAUGUGCACACUUUUUGGACCAUCCUGAGUAUCCAUUUAAUGAUGACUAUUAAAGAGGCUCCAUUUGCAAUUCCUGUGUUGUUAGCAAAUAAUAAUGAUGCUCCUCCAUUCCUAGGACCAGUUCUAGAGGGAAAAUGCCAUUUAUAUACACUAUUGCCAUCAACCUCUCUACUGUGUGAUUUAAUUUAAUCUACACAAUAAUAAAUUAAAUUUCAUCCUUCCAAUGACUUGUCUUCUUGCUUUUGAUAAUACUAAAGGGGGGAGAAGGGUAUAUUGAAUAUAGUUAUCAGUUCCUGUCCCCAAUCUUACAUAGAUAUUUCCAU